CUCAAUAGGAGCGCAAUGUCACAUAGGCUUAUGACUGAGAAAAUGCUUACAAGUCCAGGUUUGUUUGCGAUUGUUUGAUGUGUUUGUUUUAAAACGGCAGACGUUUUUCUUCGAUUAAAUGAAAGCCCUGGAAUGGUUAGUUCUUGUAUGCAGUAUCUUCUCGAAAUGGUGCCAUUUGGGUCUAUGCAUACCCCUAAAAAUCGCUUUGAAAAAUGAAGUUCAACCCUGUGGCCUGGAAAACAGCGCGGACUGGGGUCUGGGACCUUGUAGCUCUUUUGACACCGGGAUGCCAGCUCUCCAUCCUCAGACGGGCAGUUCGCCAGUCGGCACUCGAUGGAAAAUGACCAAAACUGGCUACAUUCUUGAUUUGCUGAAACAGUGUACGACUAGACCAUCGAAUGAAGAAUGCAGAUUCGGGGGAUGUGAAUCUUUUGGGAACUUCUUUGAGGAUGAUGAAGGAGGCGGAGGUUUUGGUCUUGGUGGAGGAGUGGCUGGUGGUGGUGGUGGAGGAAUGGCUGGUGGUGGUGGUGGAGGAAUGGCUGGAGGUGGUGGUGGAGGAAUGGCUGGUGGUGGUGGUGGAGGAAUGGCUGGUGGUGGUGGUGGAGGAAUGGCUGGUGGUGGUGGUGGAGGAAUGGCUGGUGGUGGUGGUGGAAUGGCUGGAAUGGUGGAUGAUGGUGGUGGAAUGGAUGGGUGGAUGGCUGGUGGUGGUGGAAGACUGGUGGUGGUGGAAGGUGGUGGUGGAAUGGUGGUGGUGGAUGGUGGUGGUGGCGGUGGAUGA